AUGUCCUCCCCGUCCAAAUCCGGGUCCAAAACCCUAGAAAUCGCCCUCCGCCGCCACCGGACACGUCCGCCACCAUCGGACGAAUUCGCCGCCGCCCCGCAGCCACUGGCGUCAUGCCACGUGUCCACCGCGCCGUCUCCGCCGCCGUGGCCCACCGGACCCGAUUCGGGCCCGCGGGGCCCGUCCGCCGCCCGCACGCCCCCGCGCACGCUCGCGCCUCCAGCCGGCGAGCCGUGCUGCCCGGCUCGCGUCCCCGCCACCGUCCGCCUCUUCGCCGCCUCCCGCCGGCGCCGCCUCGCCUUGCCGCCACCGGUCGUCGCCCGGCCGCGCCUCGCGUCCCCGCUCGCCGUCGCCGCUCCUCUGGCCAGAUCCGGCCGCGGGAGGGCCGGAUCCGGCGAGUACGCGCUCCGGCGACCCCCCCGUUCUCCCUCUCCGGCCACCGCAGCAUCAACUCCGGCGAGCUCCCCGGUCAUCCUCGAAGAACGUGCAAACCCUAGAUCCAGUUUGCGAGAGGUUGAUUUCGUCUAA